AGCAUGGCAGAGGAGCCAGAGUCGGUGUUGCACCUGCCUCCCUUAGCUGCUGCUGGCAGCAAAGGACUUGCAGAGAUCUCCCCAGAAACAGCCACUCUGGAUCUCCCUUCUUCCACUGCAGUUUCCCUGGGGACAGAGGAACCUGCUGGCGACUCCAAGAAAAAAAUUUACAUCCUGCUAAAGGGUGUGGGAUACACUCCCAUCAUGAAAACAAAGAAGUGGGCAGUAGAGCGAACUAAAACCAUACAAGGACUCAUUGACUUCAUCAAAAAGUUUCUUAAACUUGUGGCCUCAGAACAGUUGGCAAGAUUUUAUGUGAAUCAGUCCUUUGCUCCAUCUCCAUACCAGGAAGUUGGAACCCUCUAUGAGUGUUUUUUCAGUAAUGGUAAACUUGUUCUACAUUACUGCAAAUCUCAGGCUUGGGGAUAA